AUGAAAAUUACAUAAGAAAUUGUUGGCGAUGGCUUGACAAGCUAAAUAAAAAUUGUUUAGAUUGAAAAUCAAAAAUAUGCUAUAAAAAUUUUUCGAAAUUCUUAUUCCUCAGAACUAAUAAGAAAAGAAAUUAAUAUACUCUAAUAAAUUAAUCAUCCUAACAUUAUAAAAAUGAUAGAGGGUAAUAUUGAAAACAAAUACAUUAUAACAGAGCUUUUGAAUGAGAUGGAUUUAUUUGACAUUUUAACAAAGAAAUAGAAUGGAUUUUAAAUAAAUUCUAUUAAAUAUUUUAGCAAAUAAAUGGCAUUAGUUAUAAAAUAUUUACAUGAAAAAGGAUUUGCACAUAGAGAUCUUAAAUUAGAAAAUAUACUAUUGGAUGAAAACUAAAAUCUAAGAUUGUGUGAUUUUGGAAUGGCUGAAAAGAUGGAUAAAAAUUUAGUUUAAAAAUAUUUAGGAACAUUAGGUUAUUUAGCACCUGAAUUUUGUACAUAAGGAUUUAUAAGUGCUGAAGAAUUAGCAAAGGCAGAUGUAUAUUCAUUAGGGAUAUGUAUAUUUAUUUUGGCAUUUUUUCAUCCUCCUUAUAAUUAUAACACUUAAAUGUGUUUAAAUAGAAAUUUAAUUUAAAAAAGAUAAUGGCAAUAAUAUUGGGAAAGAACAGAUAAAUAGAAAAAAUUUAAUUAAGAGUUUUAUAGUUUUUUAGAAGGAAUGUUGGAAUAGGAUCCUGAGAGAAGAUUUACUAUUUAAGAAGUGCUUGAACAUUCUUUUUUGUAAGGAGAAUGGAAAGAUGAUUUUAAAAAAGAAAUAAGAGAGAGGUUGAGAUAGUGA